UCUGCCUCAGAUCAGAAUAUUUCAGGCAAUCAAAGGAUCUAAAAUUGUUCCAACUUCGAAUGACCCAUUAAGUGAUGACAAUUUGCCCAAGUACCUCAAUUCCAUCUCGAAUUAAUGACUGUCUUUGUGGGUUUAAACUUGUUUGCUUGCUCUGUUUUGGGCAGUCUCAUAAUCUUGUUAUUAUUUGGGGUAAAUUUAUUAAUCUCAUUUCAUCUAUGAAGGUGGUAAAUAUGUAUAUAUAUGAAGUGUUUCUCCCAAGUACCUGAAUUUAAAUAGUAAAAUUGAACCCAAAGAAAAAAUAUAUAUUAAAUCUUUUAAUAAAUGAAUCUCACAUAUCAAAUAAAAAUUGGUGACGGAUAUUUUUCAAUUCACAAAAUACAUGUAUUUAAAUGAACUCAAAGUCAAUUUCACAAUGUCCAUAAGAAAAAGAAAAAUAAAAAUCAAACUACAUUGGUCACAAAAAUGUUCAUAUAAAAUACGGAGUUUUUGAACUCCUAUCCUUCUACCAACAGGUAAAUGGUGCAUGAUUAUGAUUAUUAUUUUUUUAGUUAUUAAAAUACAAAAUAUGUAAAAUUAUUUUAUUGUGACAUGAAUGUUACCAUUCAAAAUAAGAAAAUAAUAUAUAUAUAUAUAUAUAUGAUCCAAUACAUCUAAUCCUCUUGAACUCUGUAAUGACUUGAGUACGGUGAUCUAGCUUUUGUGCAAGCCCAUGCUCACUCGGCCUAAAUCAAUUUUCUUUUAUUAAUUUAUUUUUUUCUCUCUUUUUUUUUUUUUUUUCUUUUUUUUUUCAUUUUUGGGAAUUACCCUGCAUGUCCAAUCAGGUGUCAUUUAACGUAUCUUUCUACAAUUUAGGCUGUGGCAACGGGAAGGAGAGAAGGGAAAGAAUUUGCAAUUCCGACCUUCCAUUCCUUCCCUCCCUCCCUCCCUCCCUCUCUCCUCUCCUCUCCUCUCUGCAAUGAGGAAAGGAAGUAAUUUCUAUCAGAAAACUCAAAAUUGAUCUUUUUUUUUACCUUUACGCCGUGGAAACUGGAAGAAGCAGGGGAAAAAGAAUUCAUUGGCAAUUCCGUCCUCUGUUUCAUCACUGCAAUGAGGAAGGAAAAUAAUAGACAUAUGGGUUAGGCAAUGUCGACGGAAAUGCAAAACCCAGCAAGCCCUAACCUCAAUAACCCCAAUUCCAAUUCAAACUCCUCUCAACACGCUUCCAAUUACCCAUCACCAACUACAGCUACCGCACCCCCAUUCCCAAUUCACCAUGCCGCCGUCUUCAAAGGGUCCCAACACCGGAGAACUCACUCCGACCUCGAUUACCGGAUUCCCGACGACGAGAUGGGUUUUUCCGGCCGACCCUACAAUGGGUCUUCCUCGGCCAGCGUGGAGGAGGCCGGGUCCGUGGACGAGCUGUUUGCCACGUAUAUAGAUGUCGAGAAGCUUGGGGAAACCGAAGGGAGCGGCAGCGGCAAUUCGGCGGAGCGGAAUGGUUGCAGCGGCGGUGGUGGUGAGGGAGAGAAAAAUAUGAGUAGGCACAUGAAGCAUGGCAAUUCAGUGGAUGGGUUGUCGAAAAGAGGACAGGGCGCGUUUGGUGAAAUAAGGGAGUCCAGGAAAGCAAUUCCUCCUGAGCAAUUGGCUCAGCUUUGGUCAGUCGAUCCUAAGCGAGCAAAGAGAAUUUUGGCAAAUCGACAGUCCGCUGCCCGCUCAAAAGAGAGGAAGGCUCGUUAUAUUGUAGAACUCGAGAGAAAAGUUCAGACCCUUCAAGAAGAAGCCACCACACUUACUGCACAACUCACAUUAUUCCAGAGAGACACGGCUGGCCUGACUACUGAAAACACAGAACUUAAGCUUCGGUUACAAGCCAUGGAGCAUCAAGCUCGGUUCCGUGAUGCUCUGAAUGAAGCACUGAAGCAAGAAGUUGAACGGCUGAAGAUAGCUACUGGGGAAUUAGUUGCUCCCUCGGAAUCAUUGAACUUGGGGAUGCACAUGCAAUACAGCCCCUCAGCCUCACCAUCAACCCUUUUCUCACUUCCACAACAACCAGCACCUGUUCUUUCCCAGUUGCUGCCAUUUCAUAGUGACCAGCAGCACGUCGUGCUACCUCACCACCUGCAUCCAGAACAUUCCCAGACCCUCGAAAUUUUACAGAACGAUCCUCUCAGCUGCUUGCAGGGGCUAGAUAUCAGUAACAGAGGAUCACAAGUCGCGGAGACUGAAGGUUCUUCACUUUCUGCUAGUGAAAGUAGCUCCACCACAUCGUAAAAAGCCAACAAUUGGUGAAAGUAGCUCCACCACAUAGUAAAAAGCCAACAAUUGGUCGAGGCGGUGCCUUCACAAUAAAACUGUCUAUAGGCUUGCAUCAAUACAAAUAGAGAAGGUACAAUUCUUUUGUAUCAUUUUUUUUUGGCUCUGCGUGUAUAUCUUGCUGGGAUCAAUUCUUAAUUCUUUUAUUCUUGGGGUUUUUCACAAGAAAGGAAGCGUCCUUAAGUUUUAUUCACUGCGCUCACCAGUUUUCUUCGUAUUUGACAUGGAAUUUUGUUUUUUUUUUUUU